CUUUAACCGAUUGUGCGAUUGAAAUUUUCUACGAAAAGCUGCAGAUGCUUAGAUAUUGUUGCAUUGCAGGAGUUUUGUGAUUAAGUCCGGGACAGGUUUAAUGGGAGGGAAGGAUAAAUCUCAUAAAAGGGACAAGAGAAAGAAAGGUAAUUUUGAUGACACUUCUAAGAAAAAGGUGUCUGGAAAGGCAGCUGAUGGCUCUUUUAAAACCGAGAAUUUUGCGAAGCAUCGGAUGAAUUACGCGCCUCAUCAAUCCGUUGUCAGGAAGCAGGUUGACCCGGAAACCACGAAAUACUUUUCUGAGAUUGCCAAUCUUUUCGAGAGUAAUGGGGUUGAUUUGGAGGAGCGGGCGGUUAUAUGUGGUAAUGCUCUUGAAGAAACCAGAGGGAAUGAAUUUCAACUUGCGACUGAUUAUAUCAUAAGCCACACUUUGCAGAUGCUUCUCGAGGGAUGUGAUAUUGACCACCUUUGUGAUUUCCUUCGAAGUUGUGCAAAGGACUUUCCAUUUAUCGCGACGGAUCAAUCGGGUUCUCAUGUAGCUGAGACUGCUAUUAGGUCUUUAGCUAUGCAUCUUCAAGACAGUGAUGUCUACUCUGUUGUUGAGGAUACUUUAACCAUGAUAUGCAAG